AUGCUUUCCGUAGGAGGAGCUUCUCCCUCUGAUGGGAAUGAUAAGAAUCCUAGUGAUCUAGUCCGGUUCACAUUGAACAGGAAACCUAUGAUUUUACUCCAGUGGACUCCUCAUGUUUCUCGGGAGAUUAAGCUAAAUGUGAGAAGAGGAGGUUGUGCAAACGCAACAAAUUGGCGUAGCUCAAAUAGGAAUAUUGUGGAUGUGUCGUCUUAUGGGGUUAUUCAGGGAAAGAGUUCUGGAAUAGCCACUGUGAAGGCUGUUUCGACUUGUUAUCCACAAGGUUUUGAUGAGUGUAGUUCUGACGUGGUGUUGGAGGCUAGGUUGUGCUGGUUGAACAUCAAUACCGAGGCGUUGACGACAGUCUUUGUUCGAGCCUCCUCUAACCUCUUGGAGUAA